GCGUCUGGGAGAGCCUCAGUUGGUGUGGUCGGCUCGCGCUGCCUUUUAAAGCAAACUGACACGACAUGCCAUUUCCCACUCGGCCAGAGGACGGGACACGGUGAAGAGCUUUUGUGUCUCUCAUUCUAACCCCUUUUCCUGUCGUCACCCCCAUUGUCCUUGUUGUUGUUUAGUUUCCUUUUCUUUAGUUUGUUCACACGGUUAGCUAGUUUCAGUCAUGUAUCGGUAUUUCGGGGAGCUGCUGAGCCGCUCUGCGGGUAGUGCCCUGGCCUCGGGGUGCGUGGAUUCCGCUCUCCCGGCGUCCUCUUCCCUGAUGAGGGUCCGUCGCUAUGCCGACGCAGCAAACCAGCCCGACGACCCUAACUUCUUCAGGAUGGUCGAGGGCUUCUUCGACCGCGGGGCCGCUAUCGUAGAGGACAAGCUGGUGGAGGAUCUGAAGACUAGGGAGAGCCCAGAGCAGAAGCGGAACCGUGUGCGGGGCAUCCUGCGCAUCAUCAAGCCCUGUAAUCACGUCCUGAGCGUGUCUUUCCCCAUCAAGAGGGAUAACGGAGAGUGGGAGGUGGUGGAGGGCUACCGCGCCCAACACAGCCAGCACAGGACACCGUGCAAAGGGGGUAUCCGUUACAGUACAGAUGUGUCUGUGGACGAGGUGAAAGCCCUGGCCUCUCUGAUGACCUACAAAUGUGCUGUUGUUGAUGUGCCAUUUGGGGGAGCCAAAGCUGGAGUCAAGAUCAAUACUAAGAAUUACUCUGACAAUGAGUUGGAGAAGAUUACCAGGAGAUUCACGAUUGAGCUGGCCAAGAAGGGCUUCAUUGGACCUGGCAUCGAUGUCCCUGCUCCUGACAUGAGCACAGGCGAGAGGGAAAUGUCCUGGAUUGCCGACACGUAUGCGAACACUAUUGCACAUACUGACAUCAACGCACAUGCAUGUGUGACAGGAAAACCCAUCAGUCAAGGAGGAAUCCACGGGCGUAUCUCAGCCACUGGUCGUGGAGUUUUCCAUGGCAUUGAGAACUUCAUUAAUGAGGCUUCUUACAUGAGCAUGCUGGGCCUCACUCCUGGCUUCCAGGACAAGACCUUUGUUAUCCAGGGCUUUGGUAAUGUGGGUCUCCACUCAAUGAGGUACCUGCACAGGUUUGGGGCCAAGUGUGUGGGCAUUGGAGAGAUUGAUGGAGCCAUCUACAACCCAGAUGGUAUCGACCCCAAACAGCUGGAGGAUUAUAAACUGCAACAUGGCACCAUCGUGGGUUUCCCAGGAGCCAAACCCUAUGAGGGGAACAUUUUGGAAGCGGACUGCCACAUCCUGAUUCCUGCAGCUGGAGAAAAGCAGCUCACACGUAACAAUGCUCCGAAGAUCAAGGCCAAGAUCAUUGCUGAGGGUGCCAAUGGUCCCACCACCCCAGGUGCUGAUAAAAUCUUCCUGGAAAACAACGUCAUGGUUAUUCCUGACAUGUACUUGAAUGCUGGCGGUGUGACGGUAUCUUAUUUCGAGUGGCUCAAGAAUCUCAACCAUGUCAGCUAUGGAAGACUAACCUUCAAAUAUGAGAGGGACUCAAACUACCACCUCCUCAUGUCUGUUCAGGAAAGUUUAGAGAGGAAGUUUGGCAAGCAGGGAGGACCCAUUCCCAUCGUACCUACUGCUGACUUCCAGGCCAGGGUUGCUGGUGCCUCAGAGAAGGACAUUGUUCACUCUGGAUUGGCCUACACUAUGGAGAGAUCUGCUCGGCAAAUCAUGCGCACAGCGAGCAAGUACAACCUCGGUCUGGACCUUCGGACAGCUGCCUAUGUGAACGCCAUCGAGAAGGUCUUCAAGGUCUACAACGAGGCUGGGCUCACUUUCACAUAAAUGGCUGACCAUGGUCCACACUAGUCUCCCUUCCUCCACCCUUCUGCUGUUGAAUCCCCUCUCCUGCCUUUCUCCACCUCUAAAACAGCCUUCAGAACAUAUCACUGUUUACCGCUGCUCCUUGGCUCCUUUCACACACACAUGCAGCGACACAGUGGCUUGCCUCGUAGUUAUUUCAUGAUCUUUGUGCUGCCAUUAUAUCUCUGCAACUCUUUUUAAAUAUUGUCCUGUUCUUGUUUUUUGCCUGAGGUUACAGACAGAGAAUCCCCCAGCCGUCAUACAAGUGUUUAUAAUUCAGCUGUAUGGCAGCCACGUUCUUAGCUCUGUGUUUGUGAUCGCUGAAUGCAUGUGUGACCCUCCUGUUGCAGUUGUUUCAGUUGAUAGCACUACAGAUGCCUUAUUUUUAGGAGGAGGUCUGCUCUAAAAGGGACACGGCCACUUCAGUCUAAUGUUAACUCAAACAGAUUUAGAUUUAACUUCAUGUGAAUAAGAGAAAAAAGUAAUUUUAUUACCCUUGAGUAUGUCUUGUCACUCUUAAGGUGUAAAAAGUUAGUGAUGGUUUUGCCAAGUUUUAGAAUUCACAACAGAGAUUCAGUGUUCUUCAUAGUUGUGUUUUCAUGUUCCCGUUCCCCUUUAUUUUCCUCCCUUUCCUAUUGUUUCAUCGUAAAUGCAGCUUCUUCCCGACUCUUCCACUGGCCAAGAGAGAAGAGCAGGGAUUGGCCAAUGUCACUGUGAUCGGCCAAUCCCUGCCUGAGUAUUCUUCAGUUUAACCGUCCAGUUUCAGUACUGCAGCAUUUUUGGAGAAAAUUUUUAUUUUUACUGUACUCAUUUUUUUUUUUUUUUUGGGAAAUCAUAAAAAUGUUCAGAUACAGAAAUGUGUUAUCAGUGUUUAUUUUCUGGUGAGCUCAUCCUGUAACAUCUGGUGUUUUUCCUGCAACUUUAUUGUUGUUAAUAAGACCUGAAGGAGGUAUCAGCAGUAUUACUGGG